ACAAAAAGAAAAUGGCAGCAGCAGUUUCAACACCCUUCUCCAUUCAAAUGCUGAUGAUAUUAUUCAUCACACUGGUUUAUCAAGCUUACGCUCAAUUGGAUCGUGAAACAACAUACGUGUUCUACCUGCAAGACAUAACAAGAGGGCCGAAUGCCACAGUUGCAGCAGUGGCGGGCAUCAAGGGAAGGAAUUGGAACUUCAACACAUUUGGAAGCGUGUUUGUGGUUGAUGAUCCAGUGACGGUGGGCCCAAGCCCAACGUCUACGAUGGUGGGCCGGGCCCAAGGUUUGCUGGUUGUUUCCUCUCGUGAUGGAGCUUAUGUGAAUGUGGUGCUUUCAAUUGUGUUCAGCAGUUGGCAGUUCAAUGGUAGCACCUUGGAGCUGCAAGGCAUUAAUCGGCAGAAUGAGAAUGUCAGAACGGUGUCUGUUGUGUCCGGAACUGGCCAAUUUCGUUUUGCCAGAGGCUAUGCUGCAUUGCAAACUGUGGCUUAUGAUCCUGUAACUGCACGCUCCACCGUUCGCUUCACCAUAACCUUACAUACUUGACAAAAUUAUGUAUUACUACUUCUUUCCUUCUAAAUAAUAC